AUGAGAGCUGUCCAGUACUGUCCGCUGCUCCUGCUUUCCCUGAUCCUGCUAGUAACCAACAGCGAGGCUCUGAGAUGUUAUACCUGUAUGGGCUCCAAUAAUGAUGACUGCAACCGGCAAGGCUCCAAAUCCUGUCCCAGCUACUCUGAUGCCUGCGCUGUGGUGGUGGGCCAUGACAGUGGGGUGAUGAAGUCAUGCUCCUACAAGUCUUUCUGCAGUCAGGCCAACAGCCAGGGCUACAGAGCACCAGGUGUCAGAGUUCACUGCUGCUACAGCGAUGACUGCAAUGUGACAAGCUUCGCCUCCCAGCUCCCAGGACUCAACUAUCUGCUGCUGUUUCUGCCUCUGCUGUUCCACCUCUUUUUCAAAUAA